AUGAAAUCAGAAGGAAAUAACGUAGACAAUAGUGAGGGUGAUAGCAUCCGCUCUUCAGUGAUUUGGCGUAGUAUUAUCGGUGAUAUUUGCCAAUUAUCAUCUCAUCCACGACCAACGACUGAUCCAAACAAAUACGUCGAAUGCGUAUUCCAAGCCGAAAAUGCUGGAAAUCGCACUGAUCUUGGCAUUUGGAUAUCAAAGGAUUGCCCGAUUGGAUAUCAUUUCGUAGCAUCAGCUCGAGAAUGUGAAGUUAUUGAAUUUAUCAAGAGUCGACAGCAGCUGUGCGACGGGCCCAGUGCUGAAAAAUACAAAUUCUGCCCUCAGCUGAGAAAUCGGUUAAAGUAUAUGGUGAAAAGAACAGAACAACAAAAGGAGCAAUGCUCGUGUUCCGUGUAUGGAGAGAAUUGUAAAUGCCCGAAAGUUAUAAUCAUUGAACUUGUCACACACAAUGAAGUUAUGAAUGGAGGGAACAUAUCAAAGAUCCGCCAAGCUCGUCAGGCGGUCUGUCAAGGUCAACGAGGAUGCAUGAUCUCUGGUGGAAAUUGCGACGACUGUUCAAAUUCAGAUAGUGUAUGUAUCUGCGGUCCAUCAGGUUCAACUUCUUUGUCCGGUGUCACUAGACUUCUAAGUAUGCAAAUCCCAGAAGGCUGUCAGUUUCUAAGAAAUGGACAACUGUAUUGCCCACAGAUACAGGGAGAGGCAGGAAAAGAACAGCAUUCAGCUAUGAUUGGACCGCAACCAUGUGCCAUAGCAGUUGGACAAAGUGACAAGAAUGCUAGAUAUCAGGGAAUUUGUUCAUGGAUGAUCGAACCGCUUGUUGUUGAUCCAGAAAAUCCAUCACAUUUUCUGCAGUGCCAGCCGGCACCGAAUAGCUUGUAUUGCGGGAGAUGGCAACGUAUGCCUUGCGAACCAGGCCUCAUCUUCAAUGCUAUACUGCAGGUUUGCGUAUGGAAUCCCAGAGUGCAACCAGAGAAAAUACCAACAAUAACCCAUAGCCCAAGUAUUAUUGCAACGUACGCAUCAAUAACGCAGCUACCACAUGCUUCAACUGGAUAUCUGAUGUCCCCUCUUCCGGUAGUUCCUCGACAUGAUGCAAACACACAGUGCACUUGUCAUAUUGGUGUGCAGAUUGGUUCUUGUGGUCCUAAUGGUCAGUGUCCAGGCCAAUCUAUCUGCACAAGUAACCAGAUAGCUGGACAGAGAUCUGUAAGCAAUUUCUAG